AUGGUUCAUCUGAAUUUAAUCCAAUCAAAUGGUUCGCAACGGGGGGAGAAUUUAAAAGCUUUGACAAGAGGCGAAACGCCACUAUUGGAAACAUAUAGCUCAUUGAAAAAACUAAUCCAUGUCAUUGCUUAUAUAAAACGGGCAAUUCACAAUUUCAAAUGCAAAACAAACAGAAAUGAUCGUAUUACUGGCCCUCUCUCACCCGAAGAAAAAGACGAUGCCGAACUUAUCGCCAUUCGCAUCGAUCAGGAAUUAAAUUUAACUAAUGAGCUAAAAAGUUGUAUUGCAACCACGAGCGAUCCGUUACCUGCUUCUUUUUCACCUCCAAAGAAAAAUAACGAUCGCACCAUUUGGUAUGAUCAGGGAAAAAUGGUACUCCGUUUAUUUGGUCGCAUUGCGAGUGACAAUUUAUCAUUCAAUGAGAAAUUUCCAAUUUUAAUUUCAUCUAAGGGAAUUCUUGCCAAGUUACUUUUGCGCCAAAUUCACACACUGACUUUACACGGCGGCAUUCAAUUAAUGCUGCAAAUUUUGCGCCAAAAAUUCUGGAUUUUCAAGGCAAGGCAAUUAGCCAGUUCAAUAGUUCGCGCAUGUCCAAAAUGCUUUCGCUACCUUUUUAAAAAUUCCCAACAGCUGAUGGCAACAUUGCCUAUUUCACGUACAACUCCUGGUAGACCAUUCAAAACAUGCGGUAUUGAUUACAUGGGCCCAAUUGGAAUUUUGUCGCGCAGUGGCCGAAAUCCGCAAAUUACUAAGGGUUAUGUAUGUUUGUUCAUUUGCUUUGUAACUCGUGCAAUACAUUUGGAAUUAGUAAGUAACGCAAGCACUGAACAAUUUGUACAAGCGUUACGCCGAUUCAUUUCUCGCAGAGGAUCGGUUACUGAUAUUUGGUCCGACAAUGGUACCAAUUUUGUAGGCGCAAACAAUUUCUUAAAGACACUAGUUAAUGCGCAUAACGAAUGGGCACCGAAUGCGCUUGCCAACGAGUUAUCCAUAAAAUGGCAUUUUAUCAUUCCAAACGCUCCGUCUUGGGGCGGUCUUUGGGAAGCAGGCGUAAAGAGUGUAAAAAAGCAUUUUGUUCGCGUCGUUGGUACGCAAAAUUUAACCUUUGAAGAGUGUUCAACUUUGCUCACUCAAAUAGAAGCGUGCGUAAAUUCUCGCCCAAUGUAUCCAAUUUCUGAUGAUCCAAAUGAUUUAAAUGCACUUACGCCUAGUCAUUUUCUCAUAGGAGAAAGUUUAUUAACACUAGGCGAUUCUCAAGUCUUUGAAUCCAAUAAGCAUUACUUAAAAAGAUGGCAAAUGAUACAACAAAUGUAUCAAGACAUUUGGCGACGAUGGCACAACGAAUACAUUUCUUCACUGAUUCAACGGCCUAAAUGGACGAAUCAGGAGAAAAACCUGCAGACCAACGAUUUGGUUAUAAUUCGUGAGGACAAUAUGCCUCCGAGUCGGUGGAGAUUGGGUAGAGUAGUUGAAAUUUUUCCAUCUAAAGAUGGUUUGGUUCGCGCAGUUAAAAUAAAAACGCAAACUGGAGAGUAUUUGAGACCAAUCACUAAGUUAGGGUUGCUCAUAGAUGAAGACCCAUUUGGGUGGCAACAGUCGGACGGCAAAAAUAAUAACAAUAACAUUAGUAAACAAUAA